AUGUCCUUAACUUUAAGCCCUUUCUGGAAAUCGGUAGCUACCGAAAACACUCCCGAGAGAAGAUUGAUUGGGUCUGGAAUUUCAUUGAAAAAUUACAACACUUUUCUUGAACGAAACGAAAAAGUUGGAUAUAAAUUUCGUUGGGAUCAAGGACAUGUGUAUAUUGUUGAUAUGGCCAAUACGGAUCAUGAAGCUGUCGUAUCAGCAUUGAUGGAUUACUUUAAGACUCCAAACAAUGGCGUAAUACGUGGUCCGAUAAAAGUUCUUGGACAACCCUACCAUUAUAACCCGAUCAAUCAUGGAGAAAAAAUAGCACCGGACAUUGCGGUUUUUCCGAAUUCUACAGAUGUUCCACGACCUACCGUCCCAUAUCCUGGUCCCCCUCCCAGCGACGCAAAUGGCUUUUCCCAUGCAAGAAUUAUUGUGGAAGUAGCUAACACUCAGGAUAUUCGUACAUGGAAUACAAGAUGUGAGUUGUGGAUGCGCGAACAAUAUGUUCGAUACGCGUUUGGUAUAAAACUUGACAUUGUUAGGAAUAAUGGAAAUCGAUCGAUGUUGGCAAGGUUAUGGACACGUGCGAACCCAGCACCUGCAGGAUUUGUAGCAGUAACGAAUCCUAAUCUACCGGGAGUAUCUGUCAAAAAUUGGGACUUCGGCACCUUGCUGUAUGGUACGAAUAACCCUACUACUUGCACACGAGCGGGACUUCCUAUUUAUCAAGUGACUAUUCCAAUUCCAGCUGUUUUUUGGGAUCCCCCUAUAGUUAUAAAUGCUGUUACAGGUGUUAGAACUACAAAUACUGUUGGGUACGGUGUAGCGGUCCCUGUUGCAAUUACCGUUCCUAAUUUU